UUUGUUGUUAUAUUAUUUAUUAGUUAUAUUGUAGUAUUUAAUACAACUAUAUUCAACGGAAUAAGUUAACACCACACAGACUAUUUUAUUUGUUCCAGUCGGUCUGACCGGAAGUGCGCCGAGGCAGCGCAGAGUGGACGUGCUGGAACUUGAAGCGGCUGCGCUAACAGAAAUAAGACGUGGCAUUAAAAACCGUUUGUGUGAUCCGAUUCAAGCUGUCGAUCGUUUAUUAUCGUUCAUUUGUUUUAGACUGUGAUCAUGGCCUCGGCUGCGGGCAAAUGGGAGGUGGUGAAAAAAGGGAAAAAGUCGAAUAACAGCAGCAGUAAACCUCAACAGCAGGAGAAGAAUGCCGUCAGGAAAGCGUUGAGAGAGGCCAAUCUGUCAUACAGCGACACAAGCCCCAUGAUGUCUGAGACCAUCUACGACGGCUUUGAGAAGAUGGCGAAGAAACAAAAUAAGGAGCAGGUUCCUCCGGCCGCCGAACCCCAGCAGAAGAAACAGACAAAGAAAUCUCCUGUCAGCGGAAGCUCCAGCCCGACCCACUACAAAACACUGGAGGAGGCUGUUAAAGCUCUGGACAUUGUAGAGUGGAAGCAGAAGUUAGAGAAAAGUCAGAGUCUCUUUCCUGACAAUCCUUCCAUCUGGAUGAAAGAUCUGGCUGGAUAUCUGAAUUAUAAACUCCAAGCACCAGACACAGACCCCACGCUCAGCAGCUACACACAUGAUUAUCCCUACUGCCUUGCUGGUAAGGAGUUGAAGGCCAUAAUUAAAAACCUGAUGAGUAAAUGUGCAGACUCACUUGCAGAAUUCUUUGACCACUGUAUGUACACCAUGUUGAGAGAGCAGGACAGACAGCCAGCAGGUGAACCUCUGCACGGCUACAGGAUGUGUAUUCAAGCCCUCAUGCAGGACAAACCCAAAAUAGCCACGCUGAACCUGACAGAUCAUCUGGAGCUCCUGCGGUCGCAUCAGAGCCGGCCAGUCAAAUGUCUGACCAUCAUGUGGGCUCUGGGACAGGCGGGCUUCUAUGACCUCAGUCAGGGCGUUAGAGUUUGGUUGCGCAUCAUGCUUCCCGUCCUUGGGGUCAAGUCACAGUCCGCAUACGCCAUCGCUUAUCUGGAGCGACUCCUCACUCUCCAUGCCAACCUGACUAAAGGAUUCGGGAUCAUUGGACCAAAGGAAUUCUUUCCUCUUCUGGACUUCGCUUACAUGCCCAAAAACGCUCUGUCUCCAAGUCUUCAGGAGCAGUUGUGUCGACUGUACCCGCGGCUGAAGGUUCUGGCGUUCGGAGCGAAACCCGAAUCGACUCUUCACACGUAUUUCCCCUCGUUCCUGUCCCGAGCUACGCCAAACUGCCCUGAUGCCAUGAAGGCAGAGCUUCUCAACAGUCUGGUAGAGUGUCUGUCUGUAGACGGCCAGAGUUUGAGUGUGUGGAGGCAGUUAUACACCAAACAUCUGCCCCAGUCCAGUUUGUUGUUGGAUCAUCUGUUGAAGUCGUGGAAAACACUUUCACCGAAGUUGAGAAAAAAACUUCAGGAUACGAUUCAGUCCUUCAGAGUGACGAAUGAAGAGCUUCAGACGAGCACAAAGACACAAGAGAUCCGGGACUGCAGCUCGCUCUGUCAGUCUCUGCAGUUAAAGAUGCGCGGUCGGGGUUUCCCGUGGUGGCGCGUGUUGAUGAUGAUGUUGGUGUUUGUUGUGGGCUUCGUCGCACAUGACAUCAGAACUCAGGGGUCAUUCGCAGACUCCACGACAGCUCUGUACCUGGAGAGGUCAGGGGUCACGGCCGCAUCCCAGCAGGCCUGGAGUAAAGUCUCUCUCUACGGUCAGCAGGGUGUCGGUUGGAUGGCGGAGAACACACCGUAUUAUUACUCUCGUGCUGUGGAGGCCGUAGGGCCGCUGCUGGAGGACGGACAGGAGAAGAUCAAGAUCGCUUUUGUCUUCAUCGCACAGAAGAGCUCUGAGCUUUUAGUGUGGCUGCGGGAGAACGUGCCGCUGCUCAUCGAAUGGAUCAACGCGAACACUCCAGACAGCGUGUUUCAGUUUAUAGAAUAUGUGAAGGAGUUGUUGCUGUACAUUCAUCAGCAGUUUAUAGUCCCGUCGCUGCAGUAUUUGUCUACAGCGUUACAGCACGCAUGGAAGAGUUUACAGGACUCCUGCAACGGUGAGGUGACGCUCCACUGCUUACAAGAUCACCUGAAGACUUUCACAAACAUCACCUGGAUUUACCUGCAGGACGCCACAUCUGCGGUGAAGAGCCGAGCGCAGGAGCUGCUGUCCCGGGCUUGAUACACGCAAACACGCACACUUCAAACAGACCCACCCACCUUCUGUUCAUUUUUUUAUUCUUUUCUCAAUGUGCAUGAGGUUUUAUAUCUCUUGUACAGACAGUUUCGGCUUUUAUGCAGAUGUUUUUUCACAUGUUAAUUUUACACGAAGUUGUCAAACCACAGCGAAACGAGAAGAGGCAAGUUUUUUAACACACACACGCACACACACAAAACUGAAGAUCACAUGUGUAUGUGUAGUAGUGUAAACACAGAUGAUGAUGAUAAUGAUGACUACUGCUGCUGUUUACGGAACACUGAAUCUGAUUCCCUUGAUUUUGUUGUUGACUUAUAGAUCGACUCUUGAGUUCUUAUACAAGCUGCAGUCUGUUCUGUGUUUACAAGCGUUGUGUCAGAGAAUCAGUUCUGAAUCAAAGCUGGACUCAGAAUAACGGGGUUGCCAUGGUGACCGCGUGAUAUUAAAAUUCAAUGUAUCAUUUAAAACAGGUGUGUGUCCUAUCUGAUGAGCUGAUUUGUUACUUUGUAAAUGGUUUAUAAAUAAAUAAGACAAUUCUAUUCAGUUCUGCACAA